CUUCGGUGGACCCCCUCCGCGGCAGCCUCUCGCUGUCAUUCUCUCUAGUUCAGCGGUUUCUCCUUUCUCAGUUUGUAUGAACAUAAAGCCGAGAGCACGCAGGCUCCGCCUCAGCCUCCCUCUUGCUUAUGGAUUCCUUUAAAGGUGGGAUGAAUUUGGAAAGGCUUCCCGACAACCUGAGAACCCCGCAGGCGUCCCACGACAUGGCUUCCAGCUUCCAUUUGCAGAGAGCUUCCGAAGGCAGAGAACCCAUCGAGAAUUCGGCCAGCGAAUCUUCGGACACCGAAGUCCCAGAAAAGGAGCCAAGCGGCGUGCAGAAAAACGAGGAGGGGAGCGCGGACGACCCGGCGAAGAAGAAGAAGCAGAGGCGCCAAAGGACUCACUUUACCAGCCAGCAACUGCAGGAACUGGAGGCCACUUUCCAAAGGAACCGCUACCCGGACAUGAGCAUGCGGGAGGAGAUCGCGGUGUGGACCAACCUCACGGAGCCCAGAGUCAGGGUCUGGUUCAAGAACCGUCGCGCGAAGUGGCGGAAGCGGGAACGCAACCAGCAGAUGGACCUUUGCAAGAACGGCUACGUGCCGCAGUUCAGCGGCCUGAUGCAGCCCUACGAGGACGUCUACCCGGGCUACCCGUCCAACUACUGGCACGCCAAGAGCCUGGCGCCGGCGCCCCUCUCCUCCAAGAGCUUCACCUUCUUCAACUCCAUGAGCCCGCUGUCGUCGGCCCAGUCCAUGUUCUCGGCGCCCAGCACGCUGCCCUCCAUGAGCAUGCCUUCCUCCAUGGGCCCUUCGGCCGUGCCCGGCGUGGCUAACUCCAGCCUCAACAACCUGAGCGGCUCGUCCCUCAACACGGCCAUGUCGACUCCCGCCUGCCCCUACGGCCCGCCGGGCUCCCCUUACAGCGUCUACAGGGACACUUGCAACUCCAGCUUGGCCAGCCUGAGGCUGAAGUCCAAGCAGCACUCGAACUUCGGCUACGGCAGCCUGCAGAGCCCCGGCUCCACUCUAAACGCCUGCCAGUACAACAGCUGACCGGCCUCCGCCUCCUGAAAAGGGACCGCGGCUGCGCUCAGGGGCAGGGAAAACGCGCCGGAGGAGGAAUGGGGAGGACGGACGAGCUUGGGCAGACGAGCCGUGCCUGGCGAGAAGACAGCGAGCGAGCGAGAGAGGGACGGACCCGAUCGGACCUAAAACACAGGGAUGAGUUGCAAUGGCUUUUUGUUGUUGUUGUUGUCGUUGAUGAUGAUAUUUUUAAUUUUUCUCCUCUGGAUGAUGCGGGUUUUGUAUGCGUGUUUACUUGAACUUGCACAGGACUUUUCUUCCUUAACAAUCGUCCACUUUAUACGACCAGAAGACACGGUAACGGUGGAGGCGGGCGGCUGUGUGCGUGUGGAUGCGUGUGCGCGGGUUUCGUCUGCGGGAGGGGAGAGGGCAGAGGGACGUUGCCGAGGAGCUCCGAGCGGCCCCUUCGGUGAGGAAAGGGGGCGUGGCUCCGGGUUCGCUCCUUGCGGGCGGGGCGGGGAGGGGAUCGUUCGACAGGGAGGGGUCGCCGGUGCCAAGCGGAAGGACGGGGCCCUCCGAGUGGGGCGAGCCCGCUUUCUCCCAGCGCUCUAUUUAUCUUCGCUUUUCCCUUGCGCUUCGCCGUUGAACAGGCGGCAGUUCUCCAGUGCGUGACUCUCGACGGGAUUUUGUUUCUCAAGCUGGAAGCUUCGGGGGGGGGGGGGGAAUCACCCCA